GUCACGCUUAAAUGUCAUAAGAGAAACGUGCGUAACAAAACAUUUUCUAUCCUUAAUCUCCAUUAACCACUGAUCUUGGCGUUCAUUUGAAGUGGAGAUGGAGGAGGGCGGCCAGUCCAUCCUCUUGUUUCCCCUCAGUGAGCCCAAAGUGUCCUUAAAUGUGGUCCAAAGCCACUUUAUUGGGGGUUCAUCCAUCCACACGGAGGAUGUGGUCCUGUACAUUUGCCGUGAUCGCUUGGAUAUCCGACCUAUCGCGUGGCCGCUCUUUGGCCUUAGGGCGGCUGACGGCCUUUGGUUGGCCCCUAAUCAAAAUAUUCAUGAACUUGAUCGCAUGAAACACUUCCCUUUAGAAUUCCGCCUUCGGUUCAAAGUUCCUGUGCCCUUGCGUUUAGCCGAACUUGAUCCCAAUGCCAUGAAGUACUACUAUGAGCAAAUCAGACAUGAAUACAUCACUGGUCGAACCAUUUCGUCCAAGUUAGAAGAAGUGGAGAUGUACCGAAAAAAUGGGGUGUGGCACAAGAUUCGUUCACUGCCCCAACCGUCCAAUGAAAAAGAUGAGCAUUUGAUGAAGGACCUUUGGAUUAAAGCCCUAGAGAUUUCCGGAAUUCUGGUGGGGAUUGAAGUGAAAGAAGAGCGAACUCAGUUGUCGAAAGCCCUCAAGCAGAUCGACAAGUUCUUGCCCAGUACUCUUUGGUACGGGGCGUUUCAGAGGCUUUUACAUUCGUCCAAAAUUCGUGAGGGUCUCAUUAGGCGUUGCCAAGACCUCGAAAGAGAGAACAAACCCGUCAUAGAAUUGAAAAUUCAUUUUUUGACUUUAGUCGAACGGUUUAUGCCCCAUUACUUUGAGGAGUCAUUCACAGGCGAAACCACUCAACCUGGGACUCAAACCACUUUCGGGAUCUCUGUCAUAAUUCGGCCUCCGGGAAAGGACGUGGAACCGAACCUAGAAAUGGAGCCUUUGCCCUUUCGACCCCGUGACAAGCGAAAAGAACUCUGUCUUAUCGACCAACUCAGUCAAAUAUCAGUGGAAGAACGAGACGACGGCGUGAUUGGGAUCCAAUUGGCUCGAAAGAAUGGCAUUCCUUUUUACAUGAACAUGAACUCGAAAAUGGAAGCCUUGGCCUUUCUAAGCCAUGUGUGUGGCUAUUACCGACUCUGUGAAAAAUGGACUAUAAGUUUGACCACUUUUAUUGUCUUCCCGUCGUUGGAUCAAUACCUUUCCGAAAAAAUCCAUGGUCCCAUCACCCGCGAAUUUGUGAACGAGAAGAUGAAUGCCAGCAAUCGGAAGAAACCUGGUUGGUAUCUAAUGAGUCAAGGUACGGAGAAAUACAAUCUCUUUUAUUUGCACGUUUGGGUUGAAGGCAAAGCCAAACCAGAGGUGUUUGCCAUCGGGAAAUCAGCCAAUGGCUUCGAGGUCAUCGGUUUGGGCAAGGGAACUUUCAAGACCAUGCGAGAACUCCGAAGCAUGUUACACGAGCACCAAAACGUCCAAUUUGAGAAUUGCAUUCAUCCGUCCGAAUAUGACAAAGCCUCGACUUUGCUUUUGUGCCGAUCUACGAUCAAAUUAAGGGGCGAUGUUCUGGGCACGGAUUUGGAUGCCAAGGAAAAUGGGGAGAAAGUUGUCAUUCAGUUCAAUCAGCUCAGCCGAUUCGAGGCUCUUGUCCAGGAGGGCGUUUACACCGCGGUUUGGCCCGGGUUUUGGCAGAAACAUCGCGACAAGAAGGAAGUAGCUAUCAAACAACUCAAGCGGGAGUUCCGCCGAUCUCAUCUCGAAGACUUCUUGUAUCUCUCUCAAACAGUUUUGUCGUGGGAUCAUCCUUCGCUGAUCCAAUAUUUUGGCACAACCCUGACGUCCAAAGCCAAUCCCAUGGCUUUGGUUUGUGAAUACUUCAAACUCGGCCAUUUGGCAGGGUAUCUCGAGUGCCAUGGGACCGAGAUUGAAGAUCUUGAUCUCAUGGAAGCCGCCCGAAGCGUCACCAACGGUGUGUGGUACCUUCAAGAGAAAAAUUUGGUCCACGGGAAAAUCCGCUGUGAAAAUGUCUUUGUUUUCCAACACGAUGAUACUCGAUUCCACGUCAAACUAGGCGAUCCGGGCCUAGAUAACGAGUAUACCACGGGUGAAUACCACUGGCUGGCUCUAGAGCAACUCUUGGCACCGGAUCCAUGCUCCAAACGCCACAUAACGUUGAAAACGGAUAUUUGGGCGCUUGGAACCACCUUCUGGCAGAUCUUCUCGAUGGGAAGUGAGCCAUUGCCUGAAUUAGGGAAUGAAGAGGUUCGUCAAAAGUACAUCCAAGGAUUCCGAUUGGAGCGUCCAAGUCGCAUCAGUCCGAGCCUCAACAUGAUUUACCAAAUCAUCACCGACUGUUGGAACCCAAUUCCAGAUGAACGAAGAUCCCCUCAAGUGAUCGUCCGGGAUCUCUCUCAACUCUUGUACCGUUUGUUCAACUCCCGAAAUGUUAAUACCUACAUGAUGAUUGAUGAUUUUGAUAGCCCCGUCAGUUCUAGUAGCCCAAUUCAUUCUAACGACAGCUCCAGCUGCAGAUCUACUCUGAUGGCUUCGGCCGAGACCGAAGUCACCAACAUGGGUGCAGCGAAAAGCUUAGAGCUUCAGAAUGGCACUACCAAGUUCGUGCCCAUGUUCCAGUUCAUGAUGAGCAAUCAUGCGGUUCGUAAUCAAAUCAAUCAGGAGCCGAAUCCGAAUCCCUUUUUCAAGGACAUUGUCCAGUCCUGGGUCGAAUCUCAGAACGGCAAUGGAACAGGAUCGUCGGAUUGCAGUCCUUAUCAUGUUGGGACAUCUCAGUUCACCUCCCAGACAUCGCUCAGUUCCUUCACAACCACGGACUCGGUCUCAUCGAUCUACACCAUAGACAAUGAUACUCAGCUCACAUUCAAUGAAGAACGCCCAUUGGGGGUGGGGAAUUUUGGAGUGGUAUACAAGGGGAUUUUGACGAAGAAUAACGGUGAGGAAGAGAAUGUGGCCAUCAAGAAGUUGAAAGAUGAUUUGGCAGCCGGUGACAUGCAGCAAGAGCUGAAGAUCAUGCGGAUGCUCAAGCAUAAGAACAUUGUCAGUAUCAAGGCCACCUACAACACCAGCAAUAUUCUCAUUGUCAUGGAGCUUCUCUCAAAUGGCUCCUUGAACGACUAUCUCCGAAGUCACAAAGAUAUGAUCCAAUAUCCCAAGCAACUCUUCGAAUGGGCUCAAAACAUUGUCGAAGGCAUGGUGUAUCUCAGUCAGAUGAAAAUUAUUCAUCGCGAUCUCGCUGCCCGAAAUAUUUUAGUCGAUAACGAUUGUCAGGUCAAAAUCUCCGACUUCGGCCUUGCAAGGACUCUCAAUUCCGAUGUUUAUAGCAUGUCCUCGGACACAGAUCUCCCGGUCCCAUGGAUCGCUCCUGAAGGUCUACACCAGCGGACAUUUUCCGUGAAAUCCGAUGUCUGGAGCUUCGGAGUGACCUUGUGGGAGAUCUUCUCAUAUGGAGAAGAGCCGUUUCUCGAUGGGUGUGAGAACUUCUUCCGUACGGCCAUGCCCACAGAAGAUCUCCAGAUGUUCAAGCAACGCCAGCAGGACGAGGUCAAGGAGUGGAUCCGCCUCCUGGAUCAUGGAGCCCGCCUCGGGCAGCCCGAUAAGUGUCCAGUUGCCUUAUAUACCAAGGUCAUGAGCGAAUGUUGGCAUUUGAAGCCCGAGAUCCGGCCCAAGUUCGAGACCCUGGCCAAAAUAAUUAAUCAAAUUGCUUUGCAAAUGACUUGAUCGUUCUGUGUGUGUGUUUGAAAAUGUAGAUCAAAUUGAGCUGCAUUUUACAAAUCGUAAUCGUGAUUCGUGUUGAAAUGUAUCCUGGUAUUUAAUUGUCAGCAAAGUUACAAAAUUGAUCGCCAUAUGGUUAACAUGCAAGAAUAUUUACACAUUUUUCCCCGGUAAAAUUUGAGCAGGUAUGCUUUACUAACAUUAGAAUCAUCAACAUAUUAUCAGAAAGUUGGAGAACUAAAUAAUUGAAAGCAUUUGCUUGUUCAUGGAUUACGAUUGAGUGGAGAAAUGAAUGUGAUUUCAUGCUACUUUCUGA